AUGGGCUUGUGCUACAGCACUCCUUUACAGAAGGUUAGAGCCAGGCCUAAUGGAAACGGAAAUAGACGAGCAAACGAUAUGCAUCAAUUAUCCACAUAUACAUCAAUUACUUCGUUUAUUAUUCAAAACGAUAAUCCCGUAAUGUAUGACUGGGCUUUCAAGAAAGAAAUAGGUACAGGAUCGAUGUCUCAUGUGUUUUUAGUUGAAAAUGUACAGAGCGGUGAAAAAUGCGCAGCAAAAGUUUAUUCAAUGUCACUUCUUCGUAGAAAAUCAAUCGGAGUUGAUGAAAUUCCACUUGUUGGAGUCCAAAAAGAAAUCGAUAUUAUGUAUGAAAUAGCACACCGAUACGUUUUAAAAAUUGUCGAUGUUUUUGAGGAUGAUCCUACUCAAUCACUUUUAAUCAUUACUCAAUUUGCACAAAAAGGUUCCCUUCAAUCAUUACUCGACGUUCAUACAGUUACACCAACAAUGUGCGAAACUUGCUUCUACCAAAUUGCAGAAGCUCUUAGGUACAUUCAUUCACUAAACAUAGUACAUAGAGAUAUAAAACCAGAAAAUAUUCUCGUUUUUUCAGAAUCAUUAUUUGUCAUCUCAGAUUUUUCAGUUUCAUCCAAAUUAUCUUCUUCAAAUGAGCGCCUAAAUGAUACAAAAGGAUCACCAGCAUUCCUUUCACCAGAAGAAUGCGGUGGCGGCGAUUUUGCGCCUAAACCUGCAGAUGUAUGGGCAUACGGAGUUUCUCUUUACAUGUCCUUAUUCGGGAUCUUACCAUUUAAUAUAGGUAAUGCUCCCUCAAAUAAUAUUACGAGCGCAAUGAUGUUUGUUAAACAAUGUUUAGAUAAAGAGGAAUUAACUUUCCCAGAAAACGCAUCACCACUUGCAAUAUCAUUAUUAACAAAGGUUCUUGCUAAGAAACCUGAAGAUAGACCAACUUUUGAGACCAUUACGAAAGAUCCAUUUUUCGAUCGCCCAAGAGAAUUAGAUGAGAAGAUACAGAGAGAAAAGAAUGAUUUGAGUCGCAACGAUACUUCUGAUUCCAGCUUUACAAUUCAAUAA